ACAUUUCCGAUUCUAAGGUAAACUGUCAUGGCGGUUCUGUUUGUGUAGGAAGAGUAAUGGGCGAGUGAUAUUAUUGGAGUGUGCAAGUGAAAAGACCUGUCAGUCAUGGGUACCACAGAUUCCAAACUUCCACCAGGACCUAACGCUAUCCGUCAAGACCCGAAUAAGAUUGAACUUAUUGCUAAAGCUCUAGAUGUGAGAGCAGAGAGGCAAAGACAGUUGGAAAUCCAAGAUGGCUGGGACAGAUUGGAACAAGACAAGCAAAGUCUUCAGAGUUUGAAAAGCUUGUUCAAAAAGCUGGACCCCACUGUUGUCAAAAGUCCAACUGAUGUGAAUGGAGAGAUUGAACUGUCAUUCAAGUUUGAUGAGAAAAGACAACUUUUGUUGGUGAAAGUCAUUAAAUGCAGAGACUUACAUGCCAAGGAUGUGCGAAGGAAAGCAUCGGAUCCAUAUGUCAGACUGCAACUGUACCCUGACUUACAUUCCCAUGGGGCCAAGGUCACUCAGAUUGUUGUCGAGUCAAGAAAUCCGGUCUAUAACGAGAUUUUUGCUUUCAAGAUUAGACCAAAGGAACUUGCAGACACGAAAUUAGUGGUUCAGGUAUUUGACUAUGACUGUGUGACCAGAGAUGACUUUCUCGGGGAAGUUGUCGUAGAACUUUCUCAGUUCAACUUCCAGACGGAGCCCGUCCUGACUGCCUGGUACACCCUUUGCAUGGAGACUGACCUCAGCAUCACAGGGGAUCUUGAGAUUAGCCUAAACUUCCUGAAGCCACAGAGCCUCUUUCUGACCGUUCACGGAGCCUAUGGGCUGUCCAGACGACAGGACGGUAAACCAGUGCAUGCUAUGGUCAAGUGCACUGUCCCUGGCUCUGGAUCUGUUCACAAAACUCAGGUGGUGGUAGCUGAUGAUGGGAACCCUGAUUGGCAAGAAACUUUUGAGUUUGAGAUCCCGGAAGAGGAACUUGAGUUUAGGUAUGUGCUCCUGCAUGUGCUGGACAACACUGCUCAUACAGAGCACAACAUGCUGGGUCAGAUCAUCAUCGACCUAGACACACUCAACACAGAAGGUGGAUACAAUGGUUGGCUCAAACUGGCAGAUCUGAGGAAUUCAGAUCGCCUUAGGAACAAACAGCAGCAGCACAAGGUGACACAAGAAUUUCGUGAGGCUUUCCGUGCCCAUGCGUUUGCCAGAUACCCCAGCUUCCUGUUCCAGCAGCAGAUGGGCAAAAAGUCUGUGACGGUGACCUGCAGGAAGGCCGGGGCGCAGGGCAAGAUCCAGAUGAUGGACGGUGUGCCAGUGUUCUGAUGUCACACGCCUGCUUUACUGUCUCAGUGGGAAGGUCUGGUGGAUCUUCAAGUCAUAAGACAGUUUUUAAUCCCCCCCCCCCCCAUGUUAUUCUGAGGAGAUCAAGAUCAACAUUGACUAAAUUUAAUAUGUGAGGCAUCAUGGUGAAAUCAGGCUCUCGUCAAAAUAAUGGAUUCAAAGGAACUGGCAUUUAAUUUUUCCACCUGUUUGGCAAUUUUUACAGAAUUUUUGU